CGUCAGUCAGGCAGUAUUUCUAUUAACGGCAGAGAAGAAUGAAAUACAUGAAAUACACACCGAGCGAGAGACGUUUAUGAACAAAGCGAAAAUGGAGUACAUGUUUGAAUCGUUGUCAUAUUACUCAAAGAGUGGUUUUGAGAACGUCAGUAAACUGAACAUUGGAGAACCAAAUCUUCAUUGGAGCGAUUGCCAAGCGACAGGCUGACCAAACACAGAAAGAGUGAAUGUGAUUAUGGCACCAUUCACCAUUUGCCCAGCUCACCCACUAUCCCAUCAGGCAGCUUUAUACAUGCAAUCCAAAAUGAGCCCAGAGUUGUCAUCCAAUACCCCGGGAAGGCAUGAAGAUCUGCCCCUUAGUCCCUAUGGUAGAAUGUCCAUCUUCUCCAUGCUACUAAAGAUCAAACUCCACCCGUGGCAGGUCAUCCGAAGAGUUGUGAACUGUUGUAUGAGUGUGACAGAACUUUUCAGAUCCAAGAUGUCUUUCUUCAUUUGUGUGGGGAAAAAUAUGGCCAUGACAGGCGAUUUGAAGACCAGUGGUGUGGAGGCCCAGGAGAGGCCUGGCUGGGAAUUUAGGAACAGAACCAUUGGUUUGGUCAACACUAAUAAGGAGAUGAAGGAUCCAGAGAUGAGAGCCAUGGUGGAGCUAGAUGAUGAAGAAUUGAUCUGGCCUGCUGAAAAGCAAGAAUCGUCUGUGAAUGAUUCAGAUGAAGAGGAGGAUGACGAAGAACCCAACCUCUCAGAAUGGCUGGAAUGGGAGUCUGAAGAAGAAAUUGAAGAAGUUAAUGAAAAUGAAGAUGAUGAGGAGGAAGAUGAUGAGGACAAUGAAGAGCACAUUCCACAAGAUGAAGACUGUGAAUCAGAGCGUGAUGAGAAUGUGGAUUCUGAAUGGUCAGAUGAUGAUGAUGAGGAUGAUGAAGGGGAUUCAGAGGCAUCAACAGAGAGCCUUGAGCUCUGGGAAUCUUUUCUCAACAGCAGUGACCCCUACAACCCUCUGAGCUUCUCCUCCUCCACUGGUUCUAGAACAAACACUGCAAGCACAACCCAGAACCAGCUAACCCUGUGUUCACAAAUCAAACAAGUUAAGCAUUCAACAUCAAAGGCAGCUGAAGAGCAUCAACCAAAACAAAGAACAAAGGAGGGUGGGAAAAAGGUAUGUUUCAGUGAUGAGUUAACUGUACACCCCCUGGUGGCAUGGAGUUUCGCUAGCAGGGCAGCGCGGGAUGGGUCUUGUUGGUUGCAGAUGGCCAGAGAUAAAGAGCGUUUUAAAAGAAGAGUGGAGAAUAUUGAGAAGGUCAUUAAGCCCUGCCUGACACCUGAACACAGAGCCAGCGUUUGGGAGAUACUUCAAAGAGAAACACUGUCAGCCUAGUUUAUUAUUACACUAUAAAGUGAAGUAGCCGUAUUGAUGUUCGGAAUAGUGUAAUCUAUGGUGCUUUUAAUCUCAAAAAACUGAAUGUUAUUGUUUGUUUGUACUGUGCAAUUUAUACCUUUAAAAUAUUGUGGUGCAAUUUUUAUAUAUUUUUGUUUCAUGUGAGUUUCAUUUUCUAUGUUUUGCACUUUUAUACUUAAUUUAUACUACAAAACACUGUGAAUGUCUUAAAAUACUGUAUAUUUUAUGUAGCAACUGACAGCUUACUAAACAUUUCCACCAUUUAUCCAGUAUUGUUUCAUUUAUUUAUUUUAAAUAUUUCAGUUGUUAAAUAUACAUAUUAUAACAUUAUAAUGAAUAUGUUAUAAAGCUGACAGCAUUAAAAGGACAGGUACAAAAACAAAUAACAAAUUAACAUUUGAAGCCACUCUGGUGUAAUAUACUAACAGUGGUCUAGGAAUCGGUUCUUAUGUAAAGAACAUCAGCUGAGCAUUAGAGCAACAAGUAUGUACAAAUGACAAUUAAAUACAUAUUAAAAUGCUAUAAGUAGUUCACCUACUGUAUUUUUACUGUAAAACUAUUAUGGAGAAGAAAAAAAAUAUAUAUAUAUAUAAAUCACACAUUAAGAAAGACAUGCAGCAUUCAAAACCGUUAUCUGCAGCAUGUUUAUUUUUUAUUAAAUAAGGUGUAAAAAUACAAUCAUUUAACUCAUUUGGUAACAAACAGUCAUUGAUCAAUGGUAGUUACAAAACUAUUAAUCGGUUAUAAGUCACAAAAAAAUAAAUAGUCUUUGUAUACUUGGUCUCUGUGUUGCAUCUGAGUCUGGUUGGCAGAGACCGCAAAAUAUAGCACACACACACACUCACACUUGUAAUAGUCAUUGCAUUGGCUUUCGGUACAUAUUGUGCAUUGCUUGAGCAGAAGGCUAUACAAGAAUACAAAAUGACUCAGGAUCUGUUCAUUAGAAAACUACUACUCUGAAGGCUGGUUGAGUGGCAAAAACAAUGAAGAAGCUGAGGUAUUAUUCAGCUUCUCUUAGAAAUACCAAUGCAAUUUUGUGGCAAUGGAAGAAAACAGAAAAAAGUCAAAAAUGCGUAAUAUGUAUACAUCGGCAUUGGAUUUGUAUUUAUAUUGCGCAUGUAAGGUGUUUUUGGUGUUUCUUCCUUCAAUAAAUCCUUUGAAUUGUUUUAAUUGGCAGUACAAAUUCAUGAUCCAUCGAUCUACAAAAAGCCUAUGUAAAGUGUUGUAAAUUCAAAAUGUGAAGCAAUACAAUGUCAAAUUAACAGUCUAUGAGAAAACAAGCUAUUCCAUGUUCUUUAGAAUAUAUAUAUAUAUAUAUAUAUAUAUAUAUAUAUAUAUAUAUACAUAUACAUAUACAUACACACACAUUUCUGUCUGAUUACAUUCAAAAGAGGAAAGACUAACAGUUGGCAAACAUUUGCCAAUCAUUUUCAAUGGAGCAUACCUUUACAUUCAGUUCACCAAACAACUUUCAUGCAGUGUUGUAAAAUGGUAUCAAAUGCUCUUUCACUUUACAGUAGUGCAACAUGGCUCAGAAUAUUUAGAUUAAAACAUCCAGUUUAUACUGUUAUUGGAAUCAAUAUGUUACAUAUUAACAUCAUACACUUAGUAUCAGGGGUAUCAGGCGAUGCAAUCAGGUAAUUGGCCUCGAUAAAAAAUCGAUUACACGUUUUCAAUGUGCGAGUAACAAUAAGGAAAAAGUAAUAAUAAAAAGCAUUAGUUAGCUUGAGUUGCCCAUGUUUUAAAGUCAAUUCAUAUUCAAAAUACAUUUUUUCAUUCAUUUUGGCAUUCAGUAGAGAAAAUGAGCUUUAGACACUAAGGCUUUGUCCACUCUGCACCCAGUCCUUUAGGACAAACUCUCCACACCGUUUUCCAGGUAAUGGCAUCUGAUCUGUUUGAUCUGAUGUCUUUGAUCACAUGCAAGGCAUCUUGCCGUGGUGCUAUACUCAUGAGGUUUAUGGGACAAUGUCAUCGCUGUAUUUUAUAUAUUCGUGCAUAUGCUGUGUCUGAAACAGCUCACUCGUUCACGCCACAGCAAAUGCCACAUAUUUUACACUGAAAAACGUGGUAACUUGGAGCUAUUUCUGUCCGAUCUUACCCAUGAAAUUAGCUUUGUUGGUGUAACCUAAUGCAUUCAAGCUGAUUUAGUGAUGUGAAAUUAAAUUUUUGUCUUGAAUAAAAUCUGUUCAUUUAGAUGUUACCACAUAAAACACAUUGAAAAUGAGUGAAUUUGAGGGGGGCCUGGGUAGCUCAGCGAGUACUGACGCUGACUACCACCCCUGGAGUCGCGAGUUUGAAUCAAGGGUGUGCUGAGUGACUCCAGCCAGGUCUCCUAAGCAACCAAAUUGGCCCAGUUGCUAGGGAGGGUAGAGUCACAUGGGGUAACCUCCUAGUGGUCACAAUUAGUGGUUCUCGCUCUCAAUGGGGCGCGUGGUAAGUUGUGCGUGGAUCGCAGAGAGUAGCAUGAGCCUCCACAUGCUGUGAGUCUCCGCGGUGUCAUGCACAACAAGCCACGUGAUAAGAUGCGCAGAUUGAAGCCGAGGCAACUGAGACUUGUCCUCGCCACCAUGAGGACUAACUAAGCAGUGGGAAUUGGGCAUUCCAAAUUGGAGAGAAAAAGGGGAUAAAAGAAAA